CUUCACACAAUACUAUCAAUUUCAACAAUAAUCCAAUCUUUUCAAAGUGAAGACUGAAAAUUAAACUUGAAUAUAAUAAAAAUGAUAGAGGGGGGAAAAUGCUUUAGUGUUAUAUUUGUUUUAAGUAUAUUUUUUAUGGUGGGAUUAGAUGUCUUCGCUGGUUUCGUGGCAAAGCUAGCCGAAGUCGCCCAACAAGAGGCACAUACAGUGGCGGAGGUGGAAACGGGGGUGUGGUUACUCGAGUGUAAAUCUCCAAGCAAAAAAGCUUUCGUGUUAGGGUUAACAGCAUUAGGAUGUUUGUUAGCAGCUCAUUUCAUCGCCGUUGCGAUAGGAUGCAUUAUCUCCGACUCCCAUACUAUAGUCACAGUAUUCCCCAUAGUCACAGUAUUCUCCGCACCUAAGAUCACGCAACGCGUCACCAUGGCCUGUAUUUAUCUCACUUGGAUCGUAGCAACUGCGGGAGCGGGGAUACUUACGAUGGGCAUAUGGAUGAACAGAGAGUCAAGAUCAGAAUGUGGAUACACAAACAAACAUUUUCUGUCUUUAGGAGGCAAAGUGUGCUUUCUUCAUGCCAUUGUCUCUGUCCUUAUGUAUUUAGCAAAUUUCAUCUGUAGAUUUUGCAUUUCUUAA